GUAGUCCUAAUCCCUAAUGCUACAAUUUUAAUGGCUUUCCGAUCAUUCAAACACAUUGUUUUCUACACUGCAGGCACACACAUACACAAGUAAUUUUGGUCCUAGUUUCAUAGAUUAUUUUUGCAUAUCCUUUUUUUUUGUUACAAAUUUUCUGUGAAAAGUAAGGAACUUACAAAUGGUUGGCGAUUUUUGUACAUUUACAAGAGGGGCCAGUGAGCUGAUGGCCACUACCCUAGUGAUCCUGGUCGGCGGCAUUGAAGAUGUGAAGGACAAGGAUAUUAAGAAUGUAUCCCUUGUGUUGAUGUACAUCUUUCGAUUUGUGUCCGGCGCCCAUGCCAAUCCCUGUGUCUCGAUCUCCUGCUACUUUAUGGGCUACCUAGCCUCCAAAUUGAUGCUGAUAUAUGUGGCCUGCCAGGUGUUGGGAGCUGGCCUGGGGUAUCUCCUCUUGAUGCGAAUCCUGCCCCAGGAAGGAGCUCAGAUUGUUUGCCAAAACGAACCCUUGGACAGCUCCAUCCAGAUUGUGGCCAUUGAGUGGCUAUUGACCUCGGUUAAUGUGCUGGGAUAUUGUGCCCUGUGGGAUAUACGGAGUUGUGGCUGGAUGUACUUGGGCAGUCUUCGUAGGGAACUUCUAGUGACCGCCUGCAGUUUUGUGGGGGUUCAAUUAACUGGAGGCUCUAUAAAUCCUGUCAAGACACUUGUUCAGGGCCAUCCCGGCCUGGUUUGGUUACAGCUAACCGGUCAGUUGUUGGCAUCUAUUAUGAUGCCAAAAAUCUGGCAAAACGCAUAUAUGCCAUGCUAUAGAUCCCUGCAAAAGCCCAUUCAAACACGGAAACCUCAAGCUGUAAAAGGUAAUUGUGGCUACCGUGUGUGUGGUUUAUUUGAUCAAGUGUAUGUGCAAUUAAAUAUUAACGAUAAGCAGUUUGCGGUGGCAUGGAGGCAAUCUCGCUCAGAUAAGCAUAUAUAGUAGCAUUUACAUUAUGAUUAUGACGGCAAAGACGACGUCUGCCGCCUUAAGAUUUCAUUUAAGGUAUUUAUUUUGUACGAACUUAAAAAACUACAACCGCUUUCAACUUAAACAAUAAAACGGGGGAUUAGAUCCCUAAAAUCCUAUCUAUGCAAA